AUGAAGUCAUACAAUCUGUUGAAAGUCUUGCUGGUUGCGGCAUCAGUGGCCGUUGAUGUCAAGGCAGUCAAUAAACCGGCUGUUCGUUCCUCCAGAAUUGGCCGAGCGAGUGCUGGAAACACCCGAAAGUUCAUUGUUGAAGUCGAGCCGAUGGAAGGGGUUGUGAACGUGUGGCAGGCCCACAAAGUGGCCAUGCCAAAAGUCGAGUUCUCAGAGAGCGGCCCAUCUUCAUCUAUAAGGAACUAUUCUAUUCAUCACUGGACGGGCGUUGACAAACUCCAUGCUGCCGGUAUUCGUGGAAAGGGUUCAACUGUCGCUAUAAUUGACACCGGCAUUGACUAUACUCAUAAAGCGCUCGGAGGCUGUUUUGGACCUGGAUGCAAAGUCAAAGGGGGUUAUGAUCUUGUUGGAGCAGACUGGGAAACUCACAAUGAGAGAAUGCACCCCAAGCAACCCGAUAAUGAUCCCAUGGACUAUCAAGGUCAUGGAACUCACGUCGCAGGUAUCAUUGCUGCUAAGAAUGAAUGGCUUACUGGAGUUGCGCCCGAGGCCGAACUUCUCAUAUACAAGGUAUUCUCUGAUGAUCCAUGGGAGACCGACGAGGAGACCAUUAUGCAAGCACUGUGUGAUGCUUAUAAUGCGGGAGUAAGUACUAUUAUGCACAAGUAUGUGUUACUGCUGACAGGGAAUUUAAAGGCUGAUGUUAUCACCUCGAGCAUUGGCCAACCCAAUGGCUGGUCAGAUAACCCCUGGGCUAUGUUAGCCAGCCGACUGGUAGACAAGGGCGUCGUCGUGAUAGCAUCAGCUGGUAACGAAGGAGAGUUUGGACCGUUCUACUCCAGUAGCGGAGCUGUCGGCAGAGGAGUUCUAGCUGUCGCCGCUGCUAAUGUUACUACGAAGCCAAAUGCUAACAGAACUGGCGAGGACCUUGGGCCACUUCCCGUCUACUUCACGACAUGGGGCCCGACCAACGAGUUGCUUCUUAAACCCGACAUUACCGCCCCUGGAUACAUGAUCAUGAGCACUGUACUGAACCAGAGCUACGAGGAGCUGAGUGGGACAUCCAUGUCGGCCCCCUACAUUGCAGGCAUUGCGGCUUUGUUCGUGGGUCAGUACGGUGGUCGUGCUUUCAAUGGUGCAGGCUUUGCGAAAAUGCUCAGAGAUCGCAUCGCAUCAAGUGGAACGACCCUACCGUUUGUCAAUAAUCGUCUAAUGCGCAAGUACAAAGCAUCGCCUUUCCAGGUCGGUACUGGACUGGUUGACGCCUGGAAAGUUCUCAACUAUGACACUCAACUCGAGUAUGAGCCUUUUUCUUUGAUGGACACAGAGCUGUUCCGGCCACGAUGGAGUUUCAACAUCACCAAUACCGGCGGCAGAGCACACGAAUACUCUUUCAAGCUUGAGCCUCAAGCUGGUUUCAACAUUUACGAUCCCGAAUAUGGAGUGGCUCUACUCUAUGCUAUUGAGCCCAAAAACAUUGACCCCCCUGUGAGGCUCCCACACAGGGUCCUUAUUGAACCCGGAGAGACAAGAGAACUGAGUGUUACUUUUGGGCUUCCUGACGUUGACGAUGAUUACCUGCCGCUAUACAGUGGCAAGGUAUUGAUCAAUUCCGAUCAUGGGGAGAAAUUGGCUAUCCCAUACGGAGAGACCUUGGCAGGAGCUGCAUAUGACACCGAGAAAGCAUUUGACAAUAUGUUCAUUGUUGAUCCAUUUGUCACGGAUCCUGAUAAAGAUUCAGCAUGGUCUUUUAAUAUCGAUAGAGAUGCGAGUGACUUUAUUGAAAUUGGCAGUAGGACAUCAUACGCCUGCGACAAUCUUAGGUGGGAUAUCUUCGAACAAGGUUGGUCAGAAUCUUUAUGGACUUAUCCUCCACGGGUCGGAAGACAUGGGUUUAUUGGUUCAGCAACAACAAUGCGAGAUGCGGAGGAAUUCUGGUUCUUCGACCCUACUGUCAACGAUCCGAAUGACACAUUGCCAUUCCCGCUUAAACGACAAUCACGAGGAUUUCACGUCUUUUGGUGGUUCGGCAAGCUCGCCAACGGUACAAGAAUAGCCCCCGGAAACUACACCUCUUCGGCCUUACGGCAAUCCAAGCAUCUCCGAUCACUGGGAUGUCAUGAACAGCCCUACGGCCAGCAGUAUCCAGGUGCUGCCGUACAACGGUACACGCAACUCGACAUUGAAGUACAGAGCACCCAAGUACCAGGCCCCGAGCCUUGGAAAGGGGCUCCUAAAAAAUUAACCGGUAACGGAAGCCUGCUACCUUGUGAGGAUCUGGCACUUGGCUUGGGCUGA